AUGCCUUCUUCAACUACCAUCGUCAAGGGCCAGCAGGGUUCUAGUCGUUCAACUAGGCAACGUGCCUUGGAUGACUUGGUCAUGGCUACGAACAGCAGUAGCAUUGUAUCUAAGAGAAGUGUUGAACGCAUAUACUACCCGAAUGAGCCUCAUUUCUUUCGUUUCUUUGUCAAGAAAUUUCAACGACGUGCUCCCCUGAUAAAUCGGGGUUAUCAUAUCCGAUUACACAUAAUUGAUGUUGCCGUCCGGCGGUUUCUUGAGAGGCCCUCGGAUAAGACCAAGGUCGUUAUAAACCUUGGCUGUGGAAGCGAUGUGCUUCCAUGGCAGUGCAUGACCAGAUAUCCGGACCAGUGUCGUAAUGCUAAAUUCGUCGAUAUUGACUUUCCAGAUUUGAUCCAAAAGAAGUGCCGGGUCGUCCAGGAAACUCCGGAGCUCUCUUCUCCCUUGACCACUUUGAAGACCGACGUGGGAAACCAUGUGUUUUUACAGAGUGACCAAUACGUUCAAAUCGGAUGUGAUUUACGUCAUAUUCCCAGUAUAGAACAUGCACUCUCCAGUGUCGUCGAUAUUGCCAACUGCGAGUUUAUGUUCGUUGCUGAAGUGUCUAUCACUUAUAUGGAGACUCAGGGUGCAGACUCAGUCAUUAAAUGGGCCAGCAGUCUUGGGAAAGCCGAAUUUUGUUUGCUGGAGCAAAUCAUACCAGAUGGUGAAGAUCAUCCAUUUGCGAAAACUAUGUUGGCCCAUUUUGAGAAGUUGAAGACACCCCUGAAAUCUGUCUUCACCUAUCCAAACCUCCAUAGCCAACGGGAACGCUUCACCAGUCGGGGAUGGUCGCAGGUCGACGUGCAAUCCCUCUGGCAGGUAUGGUCCGAUUUCUCAUGGCUUUCAGCAGAUGCCAGACGGAAACUUGACGUCAUUGAGCCUUUUGAUGAAUGGGAGGAAUUCGCUCUUUUUGCUGGCCAUUACUGCGUAGUCAUUGCCAAGACCUACCCCGAAAAUACCCAAAUGGCUCUCGGUAGCCCCAGGGGUAAUGGAAAGCUUGAGAUUCCUGUGUCCAAUCCAAGAAUAGAUUUUAGAGAAUACUCUGGAACUCGGGGUCAACGUCGAUUUGGCUCUACGAUGAAGUUACGGAAUGAUCUAGGCGAGGAAUUUCUUGCCAACACGUUUGGGCUUGGUACGAAUAGUCGACUGCGUUCAUACGAUCUCUAUACGAAAGACAUUCCUCUUCGAGACGUAAAGACACACCGUACGGGUCCCGGUAGCCGUAUGUGCCACACUAUUACAGAUCUAGGUGAACACGGGAGUUUACUCGUAGGUGGCAGGGCUUCUCCUUCAGCCGCCCUGCGUGAUUGUUGGAUCUUUACAAAGAGUACCAAUGAGUGGCAACGAAUUGACGACCUACCGGUGCCCUUGUAUCGACAUGGAAUGACUAGACUUGGCCGCUCGAAUCUAGCUCUUUUGAUUGGGGGUAAAACUGGCCCUUCAGCCAUUUUUGGUGGCUGUCUUGUCUACCAGCCAGGCUCUGGCUGGGUGGAGUGUAACAUUAUAGGGUCAAAACACAUGCCAAUAUUUGGCUCUCUCCUAGCCAGUCAUCAAGAAGCAACUCGUUCUCCGACAGAUGAGGGAGUGCAAUUUCAUGGUGUUCUUGUAGGUGGUAUCUCUCCGGACGGUACUGUUGCUAGCCAACUCUUACGAUGGACUUUGACAUUGCCGGAAAAUGGCAAGCCUACUAUAUCAUUCACAGCUCUAUCGACAUUAAAACGCGAUAGUUCUGGGGAGCAGAUUUUGGAUAGCACAAACUAUCCUGAUAACCUGAUCAGCCGCUUUGGUGCUUCUGGCUUCAUUUCUCCAGGAGGAUACCUGAGUAUCAUCGGGGGCAUCAUUGCGAAUGACAUAAUCCCGCGAGAUCUCGAUGUCUUGAGUAUAGAUGUAUCCGACUCGAAUUAUAAAAUUCUUUCAGCAUGUCAUAUAGCAGUCAACCCACGGCCGUUACUGAUAGGCGUUUCAACUGAGUUAACGAACAAUGGGCAACUAGUGGUCAUGGGUGGUGGCGCCACAUGCUUCUCUAUGGGGACAUUCUGGAAUCCGGGCUGCUAUACACUGGAAUACAAUCCCAAGUCUCCUGUCCUUGGGUCGCCGACAUCAUCCUGUGAUGAUAGAAUUUGGAAACACUCAAAAAUUAUUGAGGUUGCAGAAGAUAUAGAACAUCAACCAUCCAUCUCAAGUCUUUCGACUGAUAAACAAGCUGCGAUCAAAGUCGAUAUACCAAGACUUCGAGUUAAUACGGCAGACGAAUUUCUGAAUCUGCUGAAGGCUGGGAAGCCUGUAAUCAUCAACAACAGUACCUUGGGAAGCUGUACGCAAACCUGGUCGUCAGAUUACAUCGUGCAGCAACUUGGCUUCGACAGAGAGGUGGUUGUCCACGAGGCCAAUAGCUCUAAGAUGGAUUUUAAUAGCAAGAAUUUCCUGUAUGUCAAAAGAAAGUUUGGGGAAAUGAUGCAGCAAAUCGAAAGUGGUCAUAAAUUGUAUCUUCGCGCCCUUUCGGAGGAUAGCCCAUCAGACCAGCCUGCCAAUAUCAAGGUCGAUUUUCCGCAGCUCGCCAGCGAUUUCAGUCUUCCAGAGGCACUAUCAUUCGUCACUGAGCACGAAUUCAGCUCGGUGCUGCGGAUAACUGGGCCAGUAAACAUGUGGCUUCAUUACGAUGUUAUGGCCAACGUGUACUGCCAAAUAACAGGCUCCAAAAGGUUUAUCCUGUUCCCGCCCUCAGAUGUCACUCGGCUUUCCUUUGCGCCAGGUGCAUCUAGUUCGAGUAUCGACGUGUUCUCGGAGCUUCAAUCACCAUCUCUAGCCGGAACUCAUCCUCAUGAAGCUGUGCUCAACCCAGGCGAUAUACUAUUUCUCCCACCUCUUUGGAUGCAUACUGCGACUCCGCUGAGUAACCUAGGCAUCGCUGUCAACGUUUUCUUUCGUAAUCUCGAAAUUGGCUACUCAACCGGGAGAGACGUGUAUGGAAAUCGAGAUCUUGCAGCUUAUGAAAAAGGUCGACAAGAUGUUGUACGUAUUGCUAACUCGUUUAGUAAACUGCCGCCAGAUAUGCGAGAGUUUUAUAUGAAGCGACUGGUAGACGAGUUUUCCCAGCAGACCCUUUGCUAA